GUUCUCCACAUCAGAUCAUCAUCAUCAUCGUAAUCUCACUUUCAUUUGGAAAAAAAAAAGUCUCACCUUGCUUUGACUUUCACUCCGCUACUUAUGAAUUUCUGAUCUUCCCGCCGAUCAUCCCAAAGCAAAAACCCUUUCUUUGCCUUUUCCAUUCUUGUUUCUGGGUACUUUAUAAAUCCAAAAUUUGGAGUAAUUCAUAGUAUAAAGUUCAGAACUUUACAUUGUUCAUCAUAUACCCAGUUGUGGGUCGUGCUUCUUUUUCUUGUAUUCCUGCAGAGUCAAACACUCAAAGCUAAACACAAAAAUGGCAUCUCCAGCAAAUGUUGUGGGUUUUGUGGGAUUUGAUGAUAUGAGUUUGGAAUUGGCUGCCUCACUUGUUCGAUCUGGCUAUGCUGUUCAAGCAUUUGAUUCUCAGCUUGAUAGGCCCUUGAUGGUGGAAUUUUCAAGAAAGCUCGGAGGAACUAGAUGUGCCAAUGCCGUGGAGGCUACUAGAGGCGUUGCAGCUAUAAUCCUCCUGAUUUCUCAUCCAGCACAAAUAGAUGACAUCAUCUUUGGCCGAGAGGGCAUUUUGGAAGGUUUGAAGAAAAAUGUAGUAGUAGUUCUUCGUACAGUCAUAUUGUCUUCCGAAGUUCAGAAGCUUGAAAAGCGUCUUACAGAGGAAUAUGGGAUAAAUGUAGUGGUUGAUGCUCAUAUCUGUAGGGGAACUUCUGAAGAUUUGGAUGGGAAAAUUGUGAUAAUUUCUUCAGGGAAGACUAAUGCAACUGCUAGAGCACGCCCUUUUCUUUCUGCUAUGUGUGAGAAACUUUAUGUUCUGGAAGGUGAAAUUGGUGCUGGAAGUAAAGUAAAAAUGGUUACGGAGUUGCUUGAAGCCAUCCAUCUUGUUGCUUCAGUUGAGGCGAUUUGUCUUGGUGUGCAAGCAAGGAUUCAUCCUUGGAUACUCUAUGACAUUAUCUCGAAUGCCGCUGGUAAUUCAUGGGUUUUUAAGCACCAUGUUCCACAGUGGUUGAGGUCUGAUCAUAUGAAGCAUCAAACAUUAAAUAACCUAGUUGAAAAUUUGGGAACUAUCUUAGGUUUGGCUAAAUCUCUUCCAUUUCCACUGCCGCUUCUUGGAGUUUCACAUCAACAACUUCUUGGGUGUUCUCAUGGUAGCGGAGAUGAGGAAAGCGCACCAUUAUUUAAGGUAUGGGGAAAAGUUCUUGGAAUCAAACUUGAAGAUGCAGCCAAUGAAGAAACUUAUAACCCUUUGGAAUUAGCAAAAGUGCUGGAUUCCAAGUUAAAAGCAGUAAACCGAGUCGGUUUCAUUGGUCUUGGAGCAAUGGGGUUUGGCAUGGCAACUCACCUACUGAGGUCAAGUUUUACCGUCACUGGUUACGAUGUGUAUGAACCAACACUUUCCCGAUUCAUUGAAGCAGGUGGAUUAGUGGGUAACUCUCCACUAGAAGUAUCGAAAGGUGUCGAUGUGCUUGUGAUAAUGGUUGCAAAUGAAGCUCAAGCAGAAAGUGUCCUGUUUGGAGAUCAAGGUGCUAUCCAGGCUCUUUCAGAAGGAGCAGCUAUAAUUUUGUCAUCCACAGUUUCUCCAGCAUAUGUCGCCCAGCUGGAGCAACGUUUACAAGGCAAGAACUUAAAACUGGUGGAUGCUCCUGUUUCUGGUGGUGUUAAGAGAGCCUGCUCAGGAACUCUUACAGUAAUGGCAUCAGGAACAGAUGAAGCUCUGAAGCAGUGCGUUCCAGUACUUUCUGCAUUGAGUGAGAAGCUUUACAUCAUAAAAGGAGGAUGUGGAGCUGGAAGCUGCGUUAAGAUGGUUAAUCAACUACUUGCUGGAGUUCAUAUAGCAUCUGCAGCUGAAGCACUGGCCUUUGGUGCUCGCUUGGGUCUACAUACAAGAAACCUAUUCCAAAUUUUAACCACCACUAGCGGAACGUCCUGGAUGUUAGAAAACCGUGGUCCACACAUGGUGGACAAUGAUUUCACUCCUUAUUCUCAACUUAACAUCUUCGUGAAAGAUCUGGGAAUUGUUUCUCAUGAAUGUGCAUCACGGAAAAUUCCACUGCAUGUUGCUGUCACCGCACACCAAUUAUUCUUAGCAGGUUCUGCUGCUGGCUGGGGUACCCUUGAUGAUGCAGCUGUUGUCAAGUUUUAUGAGUCUCUAACAGGAGUCAAAGUUGAAGGAAAGCUUCCUGUCCUUAGUAAAGAAAAUGUGAUGAAAUCUCUUCCUCUUGAGUGGCCUGUGGAUCUUACCACUGAUAUAAUCAAGCUAUGUGAGAACAAUAUGAAGCCCUUGGUUGUUCUAGAUGAUGAUCCAACCGGAACACAAACUGUUCAUGAUAUUGAAGUUCUAACUGAGUGGAAUGUUGAUGCACUUAUUGAGCAAUUCAAAAAUAAGCCUAAAUGCUUUUUUAUACUCACGAACUCGCGGGCUCUGAGCUCUGAGAAGGCUAGUGCACUAGUGAUUGAAAUCUGCCGCAAUCUGCAGACUGCAGCUAAAUCAGCUGAAGUCGAGUUCACAGUGGUAUUGAGAGGGGAUUCAACUUUAAGGGGCCACUUUCCCGAGGAAGCUGAUGCUGUUGCUUCAGUCAUUGGGGAAAUUGAUGCAUCGAUCAUUUGCCCGUUCUUUCUUCAAGGCGGUCGUUUCACUAUUGGAGAUAUACACUAUGUUGCAGAGGCUGACCGGCUUAUUCCUGCUGGAGACACAGAGUUUGCCAGAGAUUCUGCUUUUGGCUAUAAAUCUUCAAAUUUGCGAGAGUGGGUUGAGGAGAAAACAGAAGGGCGUAUAGAAGCUAGCAAUGUUUCUUCCGUUUCAAUUGAACUCUUACGAAAAGAUGGUCCUAAUGCUGUUUGUGCGCAUCUUUGCAGUUUGGAAAAGGGAUCAACCUGCAUAGUCAAUGCAGCUAGCGAAAGAGAUAUGGCUGUGUUUGCCGCUGGGAUGAUCCUGGCAGAACUGAAGGGAAAGCGUUUUUUAUGCCGCACUGCUGCUAGUUUUGUUUCUGCUAGAGUUGGGAUAACUUCAAGACCUCCAAUCUCUCCAAAGGAUUUGGGAAUACACAAGGAAAGCACUGGUGGUCUUAUAAUUGUAGGAUCUUAUGUCCCAAAAACUACAAGACAGGUUGAAGAAUUACAAGUUCAGUUUGGACCUGCCUUAAGAUGGAUUGAGAUUUCUGUCACCAAGGUCGCAAUGAAUUCGCCAGAAGAGAGAGAGAAAGAAAUCAAUCUAGCUGCAGAAAUGGCUGAUAUUUCCCUUAGGACUCGCAUGGACACAGUUAUUAUGACCAGUCGAGAGCUUAUCUCUGGAAAAACUGCUUCUGAAAGUCUGGAAAUAAAUUUCAAAGUAAGCUCAGCCUUGGUGGAAAUUGUUAGGCGCAUAAGUACAAGGCCUCGUUAUAUUCUCGCAAAGGGUGGAAUCACUUCAUCUGAUAUUGCUACCAGAGCUCUUGAUGCGAGACAUGCUAAAAUAGUUGGACAAGCCUUGGCUGGUGUUCCCUUAUGGCAGCUUGGUGGUGAGAGUAGACACCCAGGAGUCCCAUAUAUAGUUUUUCCAGGCAAUGUUGGUGACCAUAGAGCUCUUGCUGAAGUUGUAAAAUCUUGGGCUCGUCCUUCCAGACUUUCAUCAAGCAAAGAACUUCUGCUUAAUGCAGAAAGAGGUGGAUAUGCUGUUGGAGCCUUUAAUGUCUAUAACUUAGAAGGAGUAGCUUCAGUCGUAGCUGCUGCUGAAGAGGAACGCAGUCCCGCUAUUUUGCAGAUACACCCCGGGGCCUUGAAGCAGGGAGGCAUUCCCUUGGUAGCUUGUUGUCUCUCAGCUGUUGAGCAAUCCAGUGUUCCACUUACAGUUCAUUUUGACCAUGGAACGUCCAAGCAAGAAUUACUAGAAAUGCUGGAGAUGGGAUUUGAUUCAGUGAUGGUGGAUGGCUCACAUCUUCCAUUUGAGGGCAACAUAGUGUACACUAAAUUCAUAGCCGAUUUGGCUCAUCAGAAAAACAUCUGUGUCGAAGCUGAAUUAGGCAGAUUAUCAGGGACUGAAGAUGAACUGACUGUUGAAGAGUAUGAAGCAAGGUUUACUGACAUUAAUCAGGCGGAAGAGUUUAUCGAUAAGACUGGUAUUGAUGCUUUGGCAGUGUGCAUCGGCAAUGUCCAUGGGAAAUAUCCUGUAAAUGGCCCAAAUCUCAAGCUUGAUUUGCUGAAGGAUUUGCAUGCUUUGGCUUCCAGCAAAGGUGUGAUCCUGGUCCUCCACGGAGCAUCUGGUUUACCGCAGGAGCUUGUUAAGAGCUGCAUAGAUCUCGGAGUGCGAAAGUUCAACGUGAACACUGAGGUUAGGAAGGCAUACGUGGACUCGCUUGCAAAUCCUGGAAAAGAUCUUGUAAAUGUUAUGACUUCGGCCAAAGACGCUAUGAAAGCUGUUGUUGUGGAAAAGAUGCGUCUGUUUGGCUCCAGUGGAAAAGCAUAACUAGGACAUCAUCAAAUUUGUUCUUAGCUGAUGAAAUGCCCCAACAGACUAUAUGGUUCUAAUCAUUAUAUUUCACUCCAUUCCGAAAUAAAGGUCAUUGUAUAACACUGUAAUAUUUGUUCUUUUGAGGGGGUACAACAGUGUAAUCUGAAAUACCAACAACUAUCUAGACGCAGUUUCAAUUACAGAGGUCGCUCCAGUUGCAUUCGUUGUUGCGUAAAUAUAAUAUUAUUCAACUUAAAUUCAA